AGGUUUGGUAACCACAGGACAGAGGAAGGGGAGGGUUCAGCUCUGAUGAUGGAAAUGCAAACUCCGUCUUGAUUUCACAGAAACUGACAGAAACGAUGAGAGGAGCAUCAUGGCUGAUCUUGCUGACGUCAGAACUUCUCUGGACAUCAAACCGAGUCUCUCCAGCUGCUCUGACUGUGAGUCCCAGCAGAUCUCAGUUCUUUGAAUAUGAAUCAGUGACUCUGACCUGUGAGGAUGGAAACAUCUCUGAUGGAGGAACUGUGAGGAGAAACACAACCAGAGACACCAGAGCUGAAUGUGAGGACUGGGGUCAACCAGCGAACUCUUCAUGUACUUUAACUGGGCUCGUCCUAUUAGACUCUGGUGUGUACUGGUGUGAGUCCACAAAUGGAUCCUCCCCCAGCAGCAGCAGCAGCAUCCAGCUCUCUGUCUCUGRUGGAUCAGUGAUCCUGCAGAGUCCUGUCCUCCCUGUGAUGGAGGGAGAUGACGUCACUCUGAGCUGCAGAGCAAAGAGUCCAGCCCACAACCUCCCAGCUGCUUUCUAUAAAGAUGGCUCCUUCAUUGGUGAUGGACCAUCAGGUCACAUGACCCUCCUCCAUGUCUCCAGCUCUGAUGAAGGCCUCUACCAGUGCAGCAUCAGCGGUCAGGAUGGAGAGUCUCCAUCCAGCUGGAUCUGGGUCAAAGGGAGAAUCACCUCCACUCCUCCUCCUUCAUCCUCCACUCCUCUUCCUCUCUCCAUGGUCCUCUCUCUCUCCUCUGUUGGUUUUCUGGUUUUCUGUAUCUUGUUGGUGGUUCUGCUGACUCGGCGCCGCUGCAGGAAGCCAGCAGACUCAGCAGCUGCUGAUCCGUCGGCAGCUGAAGUCACUGAAGCUCCAGACAGAACAGCUUCAUCCUCUGCUGCAGAAAGAAACUCAGCAGAUGAUUAUUCAUCGACACGGAGAAAAACUCCAGAAGCUCCAGAAGCAACGGAUCCGGAUCCGGGAGCCGUUUACUCAUCGGUGAGGAGAGAGAGAGGCGUGACGUACGGGACGGUCAGCAUCAGGACCGGGAGAGAACCAGCAGCGGUACCAGACCAACACGUCGUUUACUCCCUGCUGAAGUGGAGAGUGACCCAACCGGACCCGCCCGGACCCAACCGGACCCGGCCGACCCGUCCAGCUGCUGACCUGACCUCUGACCUCUGACCAAACCCAGAGCCCGACCAAAACCAGCUGGUUCUGUUCAUCUGGGUUCUGUCCUGCUGACUCGUCGUUUAAAUUCAUUAAAAUAUCAAAAGACGUUAAUAUUUAUAUUUAUAGAGAAAAUAAAUUAUAUUAUUAUU